AUGUCGGCCGUCACUGAAAUCCUCAUCCGCACUGGUCUGGCAGCCGUGCGCAAGGACGCCCACAUUCGCGUCUACGAGACGGCCGUCGACGGCGGCAUCCGUGAGGUGCAGUACGAGGGCGGGUGGGGCGGUGGCAAGGCCAACAACACCAUCGCCGUCGGCAAGAUCGGCACGCCGGUAGCGGCCACGUCGCUGGGGCUCGAGAACAUCCGCGUGUACUACAUCGGCGCCGACAACAAGCUCAAGGAGCACGCGUACGACGCCGGCAAGGGCUGGUACAACGGCAACCUCAGCAGCGCCGGCUUCGACGUGGCCCCCUACUCGGGCGUCUCUGCCGUGUUCCUCGGCGGCCGCGCCGUGCUGCGUGUCUAUGCCCAGAUCGCCAACAACACCAUCCAGGAAUACGUCUGUAUCAAUGGCAAGGGUUGGUCUCAGGGCAGCAACCUGGGCGCUGCGCUGCCCGGCACCCAGAUCGCCGCCACCAGCUGGGGCACCUCGUCGAUCCAUAUCCGUGUCUACUUCCAGGGCACCAACCUGAACGUCGUUGAGCGCGGCUGGGACGGUAGCGGCUGGUACACGGGCGGGCUGAGCUUCUCUAGCAAGGUGGUGCGCACGGCGCUGGGCGUCACGUCGUGGGGCGACAGCGGCAGCGGGCUGGGGAUCCGGCUGUACUACGGCGCGGCGGACAACUACAUCAAGGAGAAGGCGUGGGACGGCAACGGCGGCUGGUACGACGGCGGGUUCAGCCAGCCGACCAUCCCCGCGUCCAACGUCGCGGCCAUCCCGCUCGACAUCCUGCGCGUCUAUCUGCAGAACGGCACCGACGGCACCGCUGUCACCGAGUUCGCUUGGGGCAACUCGGGCUGGGUGUCGGGCUACAAGGCUCUCCCGCCUGCUUGA